AUGGCUGGAGAAGCCUGCGCGGAGCGACCACUCUUCGGCGGCUCCAUCUCCAGCACACUACCGCUUCGCUUCCAGGUCCAGGGCAACCUCGCCCCUCCUUGUCUUCCUCUGAUGACUGGGUACGUGGGGAAUCUGAGAUUACUUUCCGCCAUGUGAGAUGCAGGAUGUCAGCAAUGUCCGGGACGUCCCCGAUCACCAGGUCAGUGGGCGUGCACAGUCGCCCGGUUUUCCGACCUCGUGGAGGAUUCUUUUCGGGGGGAUCGUAAGCCUAUAUUCGUGGUAAUGUUCACCUUGUUCGUUUGAAUAGGAGGCGUUCGUCGAUCCAAGCCGUGAUGAGAGCGUAAUAUUCGAGCUUCUGGACUUGAAAGACGAGGUUGGUGACGAGGGCAGCGCCGGGUGGUUCCUCCGUGACCUUGCCGCCGAGCAAGAUGCCGAAGGCAGCAUGGUGAGGGAUUCAGUUCACAUUGAAUAAUUUUCUUCUUCGCGCUGUUCCCUCUCAUCAGCAUGCUUCUUACCGUUCCUCCAAUGGCAGAUUUUCUGUUGAAAUUCUUGAUCAUAAUAACUUAUAAUCCCUUCUGUAAAUUCAUAUCAUUUCAGUAAAGGCUCUGUUGAAAUUCUUACUUCAAGGCAUAAUUUCAUAAUUCAGAAUGGAUCCGCAGAUUGCAUUUUGUUUAAUAAGUCAUGGGUGCAAAAUUCCCACAUAAAAUCGUCCAUUGUUUGAUUUUCUCUCAUAUAUUCAAGCCCGUCGUUCUUGUACCGUUUAUUUCCUAACCCCUUGAAGUUUUCUUUAACAUUUGAUUAGAUUCUUGAGCACACAAGUGCCGUCGAGCCAUCACCUUUGAGUCACGGUGGCAUAUCUUCUACAAUUACAACAGCUGUCGGUCAAAUGGUAACAAUGCUUCCUUGCAUGUUUUUGUUGCCAUCUUCGGCUUCAUGUGGGUUUUCUGUAGUCGAAUGUAACUGCUAGAAUUCGCAGCCGUUUGUUUAACAGUCAUAAUUUUAUGAUGAUAAUUCUGUUUAUUUAGUAGCAAUUUUCUGUCCAUCAUCAUUUUUGGCCUUCACAUUGAUUUGUCCUCAGAUUGCACAAGUCCUCUGAGAUGAUUAUAUCUUCUCUGAGGAAAGCGAUCAAGUUUUUUUUAACAAAAAUGUAAUGGAAAUAAUAAAUUCGGCUUUGCCUUGUUUUCUAGAAGGGUAAUAGCCCAUUGUGGUUGGUAGAAAUUCGUUGAAAAAAUACAAUAUAAAUUCGAUAUUUAUGUUACAAUGGAAGAAGCCUACAGAAAAUUGAGCUGAAAAUCUUAGGAACUAGGCUUCUACUAGGUAUUUUGGUUCAUGUUUACAUAAACUGGUCAAAUAAAAGAGACAGUUGAUAUUUAUUUUAAAAAUGUAAGAAUACGGAUAAGUGAGGCAAAAAUCGUGUUAGAAAAACUUAUUUUUCGUUUCAAUACGAGCCAGAUUCAAAAGAAGCCAAAAGAAGUUAAUACGGUAACCAAAUAAUGGUAGAUAUGUCAAAAGCAGGUCGGAUUACGCUCAUUCCUUAUCCUAAAUAGAAUGCCACAACGUAGGGAUCCAUAUGUAAACAUAGUAUCUGUUUACAGAGGCUCAAAUGACCCCUUCUCAUAAUGAGAGUGUACAUAACCCUAUUACGGUCUGGUCCGGUAUGAAGUGGACUUAUAAUCUGAUGAUUGAGUUGAGUAGGUGUCUUUGGUUCAUAGAUAAUUAAACUAAUCAAAUGAAAAAGAUGAUAUUUCUGUUGAAAACCGAAGAAGCCUAGGAGUAAAUAAGGCAAAAAAUAUUUGGUGGAACAGGGUCUCUCUUGAAUAAAGGGGGCCUGCAGUUGUUCUCUAAAAUACCAUGUUCUCUCCUUAAUGCCAUUCGACAUCUUUUUGUAGGUCAUCUCCAAAGACAGACAAGGAAGAGAGGCAGGAAAUCUAUUGAGGGUGAGCCCCAUCGUCUUUUUGGCUUUUUUUUUUCUGACUUGUAUCUUAUCUCAUUAAAUGGAUGACAACUAAUGAGAUUCUCUUGCUGCUUUGCUCUUCCUCAGGUUUAUCUGGCGAACUUGCGUCUUAAAGGAGUUGGAACAGAUGUCCUGAUCACUGUCUAUGAGCCAAUAAUGAUAAAGUAAGCAUCAAUUAUUAGCCUACACCCUUAAUGGCCUCAUGCAUAUACAUCAUAUAUAUAGUUAUAUCUAUAUACACACACAGGGAGACAAUUGGACGUGUAUGUAUGUGCUGGGCAUCUCUCUGGGCCAAGCCCAGCCCGCCUUCCUGAAGAUCAUCUGUGCCCACAACAGGCCCAACGAGUCUACUUAAAGCACAGACUGAUCUUCAUGGUCCUGAGUGGGGCUGGCCUGGCAGAGAAGAUGUGGGCUUUUUAGUUGAGGCAGUGGCAUUGGGAAGAGAGGAGAGGAAAAAGGAAUGGGCUCAAGGGGAGGGAGAUGAAAGAGGGGAGACGGAUGGGGGUGGUUGAGGAGGGAAGAAGAGGGGGAAGGGGUGAUGCAGUCAUUAUAAACUCAAUAGAGGGAUGCUUGUUUCAAACCCCAAUGGGCUUAGGGUUUAGGGAUUUGAUGAACCCACCUCAAUUUUAUUUAUUAAUUUGUGAUAAAAGAACAACCUAAGCGGCCCAAAAUUAAACUCUCCUAUCUGGAAUCUCUCUCUGCCAAGCAAACGAAGGAUGGUGCAGAUACUUGACUUCGUCGAGAGUUGGUUGUUGGGGUUAGCAUGAUAACCCCAUGUCUCUGUGUGUGAGUGUGUGUGCGCACUGUCAGUACAUUUAAAUGCAUAUACACAGAUAUACAGAUGUGCCAUCGUAUUGACCAUUGAGGGUUGUCCCUCACUCAUGGACUUCAAGCUUUCAUUGGUGGCAGUACAUUUUAUGAAUGGAGAUUUUGUUUUAUGUUAGCUCUUUAAAUAUUGGUCGGUUCUGCUUCUUUGCAAUUUUUCUGCAACUUUUCUUUUCAGCCCAUUGAGUGAGAGCGCAAUGACAGUCAGCACGGGCCCUGCCAUCCCUGCUGCACAGUCUGGUCUCCUGCCAGCCUCUGAGAUCUUCAGUCUGGCUGUCACGGGCUUCAAGGUCAACGACUGGAACCUCUUCGGCACCACCGGGGCCUGA